AUGGGUGCUUUGCGUCUCUGCUUUACUGUGACUGCACUGCUGUGGUUCUGCUCAUUACAGCUGGAAUUAAGAGCGGUCACCGUCACGGGCCGAGGACAGAAACACUUUGUCAAGGCGCUAACUGCACGUCCCACAUCUACUGUAAAAACUGAGAAGGUGAAACUGGACAUGUUUAUGUGUGGAAACAUGGGGAUUACAAUGUCUGGCGUGAGGAACCGUAUUCUGGCAGCUACAGAGCGCCUGCAGCUGUGGGCUCCUCCCCUGUCGGACGCCCUGAUCGAGGAGGAGGACGGACAGGGCACUGACGACAAGCCACACCCGGUCCUCAACGACUGGAACUGUGUGUGGCAGUGCAAAACUGCUGCAUCUAUUCAUGUUGCCAAGUGGUCUCCAGAUGGGGAAUACUUUGCUACCGUUGGAAGGGAUGACUGUUUACUCAAAGUGUGGUACCCCUCCACUGGGUGGCGCUCUGCUGUGGUGGUCCAGGACCCGUCUGAUAAAAAAGCCAUUCCUGUGCACUUCUCUUUUGUUUAUUUGGCCCAUCCCCGAUCGGUGACGGUCUGCAAUGUCCUACUGACGUCGUGUGAAGAUGGCGUGUGCCGGUUGUGGUCUGAGACGCUGCUGCCGGAGGAUAGCCUGCUCGGGGGGCAGGUAUCCGAGAAUGCGCAGUCCUUCAGCUCUAGUUUACCUGGGUUCGGCGGGAAGGACAAAAUACAACAUGCCUUGGAGUCCAUCCACCACUUGAAGCACCUCCGCAGAGGCAGGAGGCGGUCGUCUGCUCUGGUCACCCACAGUGAGCUGCUGCCGUCUCAGCUCGGCUCCCACGACCCGCACACUCUCACCGGCACAUUGCUCACCACGCCAACGCCCUCUGUCACUUCCACAUCUCUGCCAGUAUUAACCCCAGCACAGGUACGCUCCGCUGAAAACAUCUCAUUUUAUUUUCCUUUCAUUUAUAUUCCGUCCUUGGCCGAUGCUGCAGCCUUUAACGCAGACGAUGGCACUGGGGGCGGGGGCUUUGUGGUGCACUGGCUCAACAAUAAGGACCUAAGCUUCACCUCUUCUAUGGACCUCUUUAUGCUGCAACUGCGCAAGUUUACUGAGCAACAACUUGAACAGACCACCGACGACCCACUCGACCCAGAUGGAUCCCCCAUGAAAUUUGAAUUUGACCUGGACGAGAUGUCGGACAAAGCCUCGUCCGAGCAGGGAGAGGAGAUGGACCCGGGGGAACACUGCAGCACCAAGGCCUCGUCCCCGGGCUCCAGCUCCAGCCUGCCCCUGCCCUCCAUGCUGUUGGAGAGGAAGAUGGAGACUCUGAUGACGGAGUGGAACAAAAGCCCAGACAUGCUUUUCACCAUUCACCCAGUGGACGGCUCUUUCCUCGUCUGGCACGUCAAGUAUCUGGACGAGUUCAACCAGGGCAUUUUCAGACAGGUUCAGGUCUCUUUCUCCUCUCGUAUCCCUGUGGCAUUUCCCACUGGCGACGCCAACUCUCUAAGUAAAAAUAUUCUGAUGUACGCCUACACCCUGACAGAGGCAGAGAGUCCCGGGACAGGGGACCAGGGGAGAUCCGCGCCGCCUCUGCCCCGCUCUGCUUCUGCCUCGGCUGGCCUCACUUCACUGGGCAUGAACCCCUCCUCCAACUCCCAGCCCAUCACCAGUCCGGCCGUCAUGAUGGUCUCCAAGCACGUGGACGGGUCCCUCAACCAGUGGGCGGUGACGUAUGCGGAGCGCUCGGCCUUCUCCAACGUCCUGAACGUGUCUCAUAAGUUCCGGUACUGUGGCCACCGCUUCCACCUGAACGACCAGUCCUGCCACACGGUUUUGCCGCUGCUGCUGACCUCAUCGCACCACAACGCCCUGCUCACCCCUCCCUCAGCCCCAGGCAGCUUGGAUGGAGAGCAACCACCCACUCUGCCCAUCCCCAAAGGACUGCCCAGGAAACAGCUUCGUAAUGCAGCUACCCGGACCUUCCAUGACCCCAACGCCAUCUACAGUGAGCUGAUCCUGUGGAGGGUGGACCACAUCGGGCCUCUGUCCUGCACCGGGGGGGUCUCCGAACUCGCCCGCAUCAACUCUCUGCACACCUCUGCCUUCAGCAACGUGGCUUGGCUGCCCACUCUCGUCCCCAGCACCGUCCUUGGGACGUACUGUAACAGUGCCAGUGCCUGCUUCGUAGCUUCAGAUGGAAAAAAUCUCCGCCUCUAUCAAGCCGUGGUGGAUGCCAGGAAACUACUAGAUGAGCUGUCAGACCCGGAGACCUCUAAACUGGUGGGCGAAGUGUUCAACAUUGUGAGCCAGCAGUCUACAGCCAGGCCUGGAUGUAUCAUAGAGUUGGAUGCCAUUACAAACCAGUGCGGGUCCAACACUCAGCUGCUGCAUGUCUUCCAAGAAGACUUCAUUCUUGGAUACAAACCUCCGAAAACGUCGGAAACGCCGCCACCAACAUUUGGUGAAGGAGAUUACCAGCCUCCUCCAUUUUCAGAGAAGUUUUUCUUGGUUGUGAUAGAAAAGGAUUUAAAUCGAAACUCUGUGCUUCAAAUGUGGCACCUGCAUCUCCAGUCGGUCCAGGCUUGUGUUGAUGAGAAGAGUCCAGACUUCAGCUUUCAGAGCCAGCUCAUGGUUCCUAAUCAGGUGGUAAAUGCGGACUCCUCUCCAGAGAUGUCUCCCAUCCGGCCACUGCCUCGCUCGGCCUCCACCGCAAACCUACAGUCCGCGAGCAAACUCAUCCUCAGCUCCAAGCUGGUCUACAGCAAACGCAUGGACCUCCCACAUGGGGUGGAGGUGACCAGGGCGACGCCAUCUGCAGGUCAUUUGAGCUCCUCGUCCAUCUACCCGGUGUGCCUGGCCCCAUACCUGAUCGUGACCACUUGCUCAGACUCCCACGUUCGCUUCUGGCACUGUGCUGUAGAGAGCGCUGACGAGGGCUACGGGGAUGACCAGCAAGACAGCCGCGUGUACCGCUGGGAGCCCUGGGCCCUCAUGAACGAGGAGGAGGAUAACAACAGCGCUGUCCCUGUCUCUGGACGCCCGGUCGCGGUAUCCUGCUCCUACAUUGGCAGACUGGCUGUGGCUUUCAAACAGCAAAGACAAACACAGUUCAAUUGUGCACAAGACUUUUCCAUGCACGUUUCCAUUUACGAGUGUGAGUCGACCGGAGGCUCAGAGUGGGUCCUGGAGCAAACCAUUCACCUGGACGACUUCACACGGCCCACGUCCACCCUUGACCCCCGAGUCAGCGUGGAUUCCAACCUCUUUGUCUACAGCAGGUCUGACCUUUACAUGUGCCGGGACCACACCUCUCCAAACAUCAAGCACUACGUCCACUUGGAUUGGCUCUCCAAAGAGGAUGGCUCUCACAUCCUUACUGUGGGAGUGGGCUCCAACAUCCUCAUGUACGGCAGGAUAUCUGGCAUGGUCAAUGAGCAGACCAGCAGCAAGGAGGGCGUGGCAGUCAUCACACUUCCUCUAGGGGGCAGCAUAAAGCAAGGCAUUCGCUCGCGGUGGAUCCUACUACGUUCAAUAGACUUGUUAUCCUCCGUAGACGGGACCCCCUCUCUGCCCGUGUCUCUGUCUUGGGUCCGGGAUGGGAUUCUGGUCGUGGGAAUGGACUGCGAGAUGCACGUUUAUGCUCAAUGGCGCCAGGACGCUAAACCGGGAGACGGGGACGAGGGGAACCUGUCUUCUGCUGAUAUUUCCGGAGGGCAGAACCCGGUUUUUGAGGGUAGAGCCCGAUCUAAAAGUGUGUAUGAGGGCAGUGCGGCUGUAGACGAGGCGCUCAGAGCUCCGUCAGGACUUCAGGAGGGAGGACUUUUUGAAGCGGCUCACUCGCUGUCUCCCACUCUCCCCCAGUAUCACCCCACGCAGCUGCUGGAGCUCAUGGACCUGGGAAAAGUGCGGCGAGCCAAGGCUAUCCUCGCUCACCUGGUGAAGUGCAUUGCGGGGGAGGUUGCCGUGGUGAGGGACGUAGAGGCGGGAGAAGGCGGCUCCAGGCGUCACUUGUCUCGCACCAUCAGCGUCACGGGGAGCACAGCCAAAGACACCAUCGUAGCCGGGCGCGACGGAGGACGGGACUACACCGAGAUCAACUCCAUCCCACCCCUGCCCCUGUACUCACUGCUGCUGGCCGACCAGGACACCUACAAGGGCCCAGAGGAGGCAGGGAAAGGGGGGAAGGGCGGGGAUGGAGACCCAACGCAGAAGUCCUCAGAGGAUCAGUACGCAGAUUUGUUCCAGAUGUCGGCAGUUACGACAGACGACUUUGUCAACUUUGCGUCUGAUAAACCAGACAGGAAAUCCAGAGUUAUCAAUCUCUCACAGUACGGGCCAUCUUACUUUGGACCAGAGCACGCUCAGGUUCUGUCCAGUCACCUCAUGCACUCCAGCCUCCCAGGCCUGACCCGACUGGAGCAAAUGUUUUUAGUGGCUUUGGCAGAUACUGUGGCGACAACCAGCGCUGAAGUCACAGGCUCCAAUGACAAACAAUACUCAGGUGGCGAGGCGCUGGAUGAGUGUGGACUUCGUUAUCUCCUGGCCAUGCGUCUUCACACGUGUUUACUCACAUCUCUGCCGCCGCUGUACCGCAUGCAGCUGCUCCACCAGGGUUUAUCGACGUGUCACUUUGCCUGGGCGUUCCACUCGGAGGCGGAGGAGGAGCUGCUGAACAUGAUCCCGGCCAUGCAGAGAGGAGACCCGCAGUGGUCUGAGCUCCGGGCCGUGGGCGUGGGUUGGUGGAUCCGCAACAUCAACACGCUGCGCAAGAUGGUGGAGAAGUUGGGUAAAGCUGCCUUCCAGAGAAACAACGACCCCCUAGAUGCUGCACUCUUCUAUUUAGCCAUCAAGAAAAAAGCCGUUCUGUGGGGACUCUUCAGGUCACAGCACGAUGAAAAGAUGACUCAGUUUUUUAAGAAUAACUUCACUGAGGAUCGCUGGAGGAAGGCGGCUCUGAAAAAUGCCUUCUCUCUCUUGGGUAAACAGCGCUUCGAACAGUCCGCCGCCUUCUUCCUGCUCGCCGGAUCACUCAAAGACGCCAUUGAGGUUUUGUUGGAAAAAAUGGAGGAUAUCCAGCUGGCCAUGAUCGUAGCCAGACUUUACGAGGCGGACUACGAGAAGUCCCCCACGUGUCGAGGCCUCUUGUACGAGAAGGUCCUGGGUUGUAACCGGGACGGGAACGGGUACCACUGCUCACGCCUGCACCCGGACCCCUUCCUCCGCAGUAUCGCCUUCUGGAUCAUGAAGGACUACACCCUGGCUCUGGACACGUUGCUCGAGAGGAUCCCCAAGGAUGAAGACGAGAACCCAGAUGUGAUGGUGAAGUCUUGUAACCCAGUCGUGUUCAGCUUCUACAACUAUCUGAGGACACACCCGCUGAUUCUCCGCCGGCACUACGCUGAAGGCACCGCUCAGACUACGGUGGGCCUCACUGCAGAGAAGAGCAGUGCGGACGAGAUCAACCUGAUCGAGCGCAAGCUGUUCUUCACCACGGCCAACGCCCACUUCAAGGUGGGCUGUCCGGUCCUCGCCCUUGAAGUCCUUUCCAAAAUCCCCAAAGUCACCGUUAAGAAAUCCGGUUCCUCCCCCCUGAGCAAGACAUCUUCAAAGACCGCUCUGAACUCCAGCCAGCCUGUGGAGAACGGGACCCAGGGAGGAUGCCUCGACUGGGGUGCUCCAGCUGCUCCUGCCUGGGGAGGGAGCGAAAGUGCAGCCGGUCUGGACUGGAGCCAACCUGUGGUGAAAGCAGAUGAUGAGCUGCAGCUGGACUGGGGGGAAAACAAGGACGAAGAGGAGGAUGAGGAUGAUGAGGAUGGAGGUCUGGCCAUGAAGAAGCCAGAGGAAAACAUAACUUCUGUCAGUGGUGGUCCCAAACUGCAGAGAGAAGACUCUCAGGGUGAAUCUGAGGUGGAUGUGAUCGCAGAGCAGCUGAAGUUCAGAGCUUGUCUCAAAAUCCUCAUGACAGAGCUGCGGACACUGGCCACCGGUUUUGAGGUGGACGGAGGGAAGCUCAGGUUCCAGCUUUACCAUUGGCUGGAGAAGGAGAUUGCUGCCAUGCACACCAUCUGUAACUACAAGGUUGAAGGGAAAGAGGAGGAGUCCGAGUCAGAGCAGUGGGGGGAGCGCACCGGGUCCGUCGAACUCUCCGACGACGUGUUCGAGCGCUCGGACACAGGGCCUUACGAGCGCCACCAGAUGGAGAGGAGGCGUCUGCAGGCCAAGCAGCAGCACUCAGAGAGACGGAAGGCCUGGCUGAGGAAGAACCAAGCCCUGCUCCGAGUCUUCCUGUCCUACUGCAGCCUGCACGGAGCCAAAGGGGGAGGGGUGACGUCUGUGCGCAUGGAGCUGCUGUUCCUGCUGCAGGAGAGUCAGCAGGAGACGACGGUGAAGCAGCUGCAGUCUCCGCUCCCUCUGCCCACCACGCUGCCUCUGCUCUCGGCCUGCAUCGCUCCCACUAAAACUGUCAUCGCAAACCCGGUCCUCCACCUGAGCAACCACAUCCACGACGUGCUCCACACCAUCACCCACAUGAAGACGCCCCCACACCCCAACGUGUUCGAAGACCGGGUGUCCGCCCUGCACACUCUGGCCGCCUCUCUGUCAGCCUGCAUCUAUCAGGCCUUGUGCGACAGCCACAGUUACAGCAGCCAGACGGAGACCAAUCAGUUUACGGGGAUGGUGUACCAGGGCCUGUUACUGAGCGAGAGGAAGCGGCUCCGAACAGAGAGUAUCGAGGAGCACAUCACACCCAACUCGGCUCCAGCCCAGUGGCCAGGUGUGUCCUCCCUCAUCUCUCUGCUCGCGUCGACCCGUGAGGAGGACCAGCCGCGCCUCAACGUGCUCCUGUGCGAAGCCGUGGUGGCGGUCUACCUGGCGCUGCUCAUCCACGGCCUGGGGACCCACAACUGCAACGAGCUGUUCCGCCUCGGAGCCCACCCCCUCAACUACCGCAUGUGGGCCGCUGUGUUCGGGGGCGGGGCCAAGGUCAUCAUCAGACCAAAGAGGCCAGAAGCUCCACCAGUGUCGGCAGAUUUUGAGCCAGCAAAGGCAGAGGAGAGACAGGAGAAUUCACCCAGCAUCAACCCUAUCCCCCCUCCCUCCCCCUCUGAGCGCCCCAAAAGACCCCCCCCUCCUGUUUUGAAAGUCGAGGGGGCGAGCUCUGUGGCGCCACCUAGAGCCAGCAAGUGGGUGUGCUGCAUGUGGUGUUGUGACGUCCUUUAUGUUCAUGUCUGUGUCCUCAUGCAUCAAACAGCUGCCCCCAUCACGGAGUGUCCCAAGGAGAGCGGCCCGGACACUAGCUGUGAGUCAGGGAGUCAGCCAGUGGUGCCUCAGCCGCCGGCGGAGGACGCGGACAGAUACAGGCGGAGGUUCAACAUGAUGAUGCUGGUCCCGGGACGUCCGGUCAAAGAGACGCCAGCCACGCCUCCUCCAGUGCCCGUGGAAAGACCCGCCUACAGGGAGAAGUUCAUCCCUCCGGAACUCAGCAUGUGGGAUUACUUUGUGGCUAAACCGUUCCUGCCGCUCCAGGACAACAGCGCUCUGUAUGACUCUGACGAAAGUGGAGCUGAAGACGAUGAAGACGACGACGACGCAUUUCUGUCGGACACUCAGAUGACAGAGCACCUCGACCCCAACUCAUACAGCUGGGCUCUGAUUCGUCUGGUGAUGAUCAAGCUGGCAUAUCACAACGUCAAGAACUUCCUUCCUCUCGCCGGCCUCGAGUUCACAGAUCUGCCCGUGUCGUCUCCUCUGUGUAACGCUGUGGUGAAGACGCUCGAGAACUGGGAGCAGUUACUUUUGGAGCGGAUCAACAGGUUUGACGGUCCUCCUCCCAACUACAUCAACACUUACCCCACCGACCUGAGCGCAGGAGGCGGCCCCGCCAUCCUCCGCCACAAGGCUAUGCUGGAGCCGGACAACACUCCGUUCAAAACAAAGAACCACCAGUCUUUCCCAGCGCGGCGUCUGUGGCACUUCCUGGUCAAACAGGAAGUGCUCCAGGAAACGUUGAUCCGAUACAUUUUCACUAAAAAGAGGAAGCAGUGCGAGUCUGUAGAUAUGGACCAUGUAAAACCCAACUGCAUAGCUGGAGCUAGCAGUCCCAAAAAGGUGGAGGCUGAUCUGGGUUAUCCCGGAGGCAAGGCUAAGAUCAUCCACAAAGAGUCCGACAUCAUCAUGGCUUUCGCUAUAAAUAAGUCCAACUCUAACGAGAUCGUCCUGGCUUCGACUCACGACGUGCAGGAGGUGGAUGUGUCCACGCUGGUGUCUGUGCAGCCCUUCACCUGGAUCGGAGAAGACUUCGACAAAGAGUCUCGCAGCUCAGACGAUGUGGACUACCGCUCGUCCCAAACCAACAUUUCCCACACUGGCUCCACCCCCUUUGCUCCGGCUCAGAUGCCCGUUGCGACCUCCGUGUCGGCCUCCAUGCCCUGGCUCGGCAGCGGACAGACCAGCAUGGGAGCCAGCGUGAUCAUGAAGCGAAAUUUAAACAAUGUGAAGCGAAUGACGUCCCAUCCCAUUUAUCAGUAUUACUUAACCGGCGCUCAGGACGGCAGCGUGCGCAUGUUUGAGUGGAACAGACCUCAGCAGCUCAUCUGCUUCCGGCAGGCAGGGAACGCCCGGGUCACACGCCUGUACUUCAACUCCCAGGGGAACAAGUGUGGAGUUGCUGAUGGAGAAGGCUUCCUCAGUCUGUGGCAGGUUAACCAAACGUCCUCAAACCCUAAACCAUACUUGAGCUGGCAGUGUCACACCAAAACCUGUGGAGACUUCGCCUUCAUCACAUCCUCCAGCCUCAUCGCUACAGCCGGACAGUCUAACGAUUGCCGAAACGUCUGCCUUUGGGACACCCUCAUUUCUCCAAGCAAUAGCAUGAUCCACGCGUUCCCGUGCCACGACCACGGCGCCACCGUGCUGCAGUACGCCUCCAAACAGCAGCUGCUCAUCACCGGCGGCAGGAAAGGCUUUGUGUGCGUGUUCGACAUCAGACAGAGACAGCUGCUGCACACCUUUCAGGCUCACGACUCGGCCAUCAAAGCCCUGGCCCUCGACCCCUUUGAGGACUUCUUUGUGACCGGAUCGGCCGAAGGAAACAUGAAGGUGUGGAAGCUGGCGGGUCACGGCCUGAUGCACUCCUUCAGCACAGAGCACUCCAAGCAGUCCCUGUUCCGCAACAUCGGCGCCGGAGUGAUGCAGGUGGAGACUCGCCCGGGGAACCGGAUCUUCACCUGCGGCGCCGACGGCACGCUCAAGAUGCGAGUGCUGCCCGACCGCUACCACAUCCCCAGCAGCCUGGUCGAUGUGCUCUAA